AUGUCGCAAUACCAGCGUAUCUUUAGUGUUUACCGCUCGCCGGCCAUAGGCUACGAUAAGUUGGAGUUCAAUACGGCCCACCAGAAAUCUGGGAAACACGUGCUAGUCAUUCACAACGGCCAGAUGUUCACCUUCAACGCGUACGAUGCCCAAGGAGUGGCCCACGACGAAAGCAGGAUCCUCACCCAGCUCAUUCGAGUCGUGGAGAUGUCACCCGAGAAGGACGUCGGCGUGGGAAUUCUGACGACGGAACAUAGGGACGUCUGGGCAAAGGUGUACGCCAGUCUUGGCCAGACCAUUACUGGAAAGUGUAACGAAAUACUCGAGACGGAGAGCGUGCUGGUAAGGAUAUUAUAA